UUACACCUUCAGAAAUGUUUGGCUUCUAACCUGAAAAACAAUGUCCGAGGAAAUUUUGCUAAUUGCAAAUAUCGAUAAACUAUGCAGGACGUGUUUAAUUAUCAAGGAAGAUCAGGAGUUGUGCAUCCUUUACAAGGAUAACAUAGAUGAUAUUUUAUACUCUUUAACCCAAGUUAAGGUAUCCAGUGAUGAUGGAUAUCCAAGUUACAUUUGCUUAGAAUGUCUAGAACAAUUGAAUGCAGCAAACAGCUUCAGAGAGAAAUGCAUCAAAUCUGAAUCUCUAUUGAAAUCGUCAAUUAUCACCAGUAUUGAAGAAGCAAAAUCAAUUGAUGAAGAUGUUACAGAAAGUAAUAAUUCUGUGGAAGAAGAAGAAGAUGACGAGGAGGAAGAAGUCAAAGUUGUCUUGGAUGAGGGACAUAAAUGUCCAGAUUGUGAGAGGGUAUUUAAAUCCUCGAGUGCAUUGAAGACACACUCACUAAUGCAUGGAAGGAAAUCAGUUUGCAAACUUUGCAGCAAGGAGUUUCUUUUGGCUAAACAGUUGAAUGCUCACAUGAGAACGCACACGAAUUACCGUCCUUACGCGUGCAAAAUUUGCAGCAAAACGUUUUCUCUACGAGGAAGCUUAAUCAAGCACAAGAGGAUACAUGGGGGUGACAAGAAGCACCUGUGCAAUACCUGUGGAAAACGAUUUUUCGAGCCGGGACAUUUAGCUAUUCAUAUGCGUAGCCAUACGGGCGAAAAGCCCAUCAUAUGCAGUAUUUGCGGGAAAGGAUUUGCUGAUCCGCAUGGAUUGGCCGCCCAUAAAAAGAUACACACUGGAGAGAGGAAUUACGAAUGCACAGAGUGCGGGAAAAGAUUCGCUCAUUCCUUCGUGCUGACUGCUCACAAACGAGUGCAUUCAGGGGAGAAGCCUUACGUUUGCACCGUUUGCGGAUCUGCAUUCGCCACGUCAUCGUAUUUGAAGAUUCAUACUAGGACGCAUACACAGGAGAGACCUUAUAUUUGCUCCUCGUGUCCGAAGGCUUUCAUCAGCAAAAGCGCUUUGGCUUCACACACCAUGACACAUACAGGGGAGAAGAAGUUUCAGUGUUCGAUAUGCGGGAAGAGGGCUGCUAGAGCUGCAGACAUAAAUAUUCAUAUGAGAUCACAUACAGGUGAAAAACCAUAUGGAUGUGAUCAAUGUUCUAAGAGGUACCAUACAUCAAGUAAUUUGGCAGCACACAAGAAAACUCAUUCGGGUAUAAAGGAUCACAUUUGCUUGGUGUGUGGAAAAGGAUUCGGCGAUUCCAGGACUUUGAAGAGCCACAUGAGGACGCACACCGGGGAAAAGCCCUACGCCUGCAACAUUUGCGGUAACAGGUACACUCAAUCGGGUCAAUUAUCCGCACACAAGAAGACCCACAAGGAAUACGAUCUGUUCCAACCCGCUGAACAAGUUGCGAUCUGAAAUCGGUCUGCGUUUCCUUCAUGUUUGAAAGAAUGAAAACGCCAAUUCGUGUGUAAUAUUUAUAUUUUAUAACAUAUAUUAUAGAAUAUAUAAUCUAAACAUUGAAAUAUUUCCUUUGCAACAACGAUCGAGAUGCGCAUGUUGGAAAAGAAAUAAUGGUCGCUCCACUUAUAUUUAAUUUUUGGUUAUACUUCUUCUCCAAUAGAAUCUGUGUAAAGGUAAAACGAAUAAAUCUACAUACAUAUAUUGCCCUAAUAUUUGGUACACGUUAUUAUAUUAUAUAAUUCAUAAAUGUAAAUCGAAAAGUGUAAAUAAGUUCAGUCGAACACACACCGCAUAUAUAUAUAUAUAACUACA